AUGGUGGGAAGGGGCAAGAAAAAGGCUUUCAAUCGUAUCAAAGACCAAGUAAGCAGAAAAAUAGCAGGUUGGAAGGGGAAGUUAUUGUCCAAUGCUGGUAGGGAAGUCCUGAUAAAGGCCGUUGCACAAGCCACCCCUACUUAUACCAUAAAUUGUUUCAAGCUUCCGGAUACUUUGUGCUCGGAGAUAAACUCUUUGGUUGGGGGCUUUUGGUGGGGGAAGAAGGAUAGUGCUCGGAAGAUAGCUUGGGUUUCGUGGGAAAACUUGUGCAAACCAAAGAAGGACGGGGGUAUGGGCUUUCGAGACUUGAGAGCGUUCAAUCUUGCGCUUCUGGCCAAACAUGGUUGGAGGAUCCAGCAAAGACCUGAUUCUCUAAUCCACAGAGUGCUCAAAGCGAAGUAUUUCGCAAAAACUUCUUUUUUGGAUGCUCAGGUGGGGAAAAAACCCUCCUAUAUUUGGAGAAGCUUGAUGGCAGCCAAACCGGUGCUUAGGGAUGGAAUUAGAUGGUGUGUGGGUGAUGGAAAGAGCAUCAAAAUCUGGGAGGAUGCGUGGCUUACUUCUUCGGGGUCAGGCAGAAUCAUUUCACCUAGGCCUACAAAGGAUGUUGGGAGUGCGUGGCCAACCUGA